UGGGGGACUUUAGGUUUGAAAUGCUGGACGGUAGGAAGUGGAGUAUCCCCACUGGUGACGAUACGAAUCGGAGAGCAGGAUACGCUGUUUGCGGAAAACCAGGAGAGAAUUCGGGUAUAUACUUGUGGAUCUGACAACAACUCAAACAUCAAACAUGUCUCAUACUAUUCUACUGGUUCAGCCCACCAAGAGGCCAGAGGGAAGAACAUACGCCGAUUAUGAAUCGGUUAAUGAGUGUAUGGAAGGAGUGUGUAAAAUGUACGAAGAACAUCUGAAGAGAAUGAACCCCAACAGUCCAUCAAUCACAUAUGACAUUAGUCAGCUGUUUGAUUUCAUUGAUGACUUGGCAGAUCUCAGCUGCUUGGUGUACCGUGCAGACACACAGACAUAUCAGCCCAACAACAAAGACUGGAUAAAAGAGAAAAUUUAUGUUUUGCUACGUCGACAAGCUCAGCAGGCUGGAAAAUAAACUACAAGAUGCCCUUGUGUACCCAUCAGACAUAAGCUUUGCAUUUCAGGGAUAUGGUGGGAAGUUCAUCCUCAGUCAGUCUAAAGAAGAAAUGUCUGCUAAGGAGAAAUGUGAGGAUUGUGGGUCAGAGAUUUAGAGCACUGGUUCUCAGUCAUAUUUCUGCAGUCCUGGAUGGCCACUACUUUUUUUCAGUAUCUGCCAGCCCCAGUCAGAUCUACUUGAUUCUGAUAUGAAGAUUUGGUUACAGAAAAUGCCACUAGUUUUAGUCCUGAAGAGUGCAUUUGGUGUUUUUUUUUUCCCCCUGCUUCCCCAUAAAAACCAAACAGAAAUAUUCUGAAAAUUAGAGCCACUUGUGUUCAAGGAGAGAAAAGCACCAAGUUGUACCGACUCUGGUCUUCUGGACCCACUGCUCUGGAGAGUGUGUUAAAAAUGGUGUAUAUUACAGACGUUUCCAGGAUUAUGCUUGAGAACCAGUGGUCUGUUUUAAGUGAGUUGAAAACUGUGGAUGACUUACUAUAUGUUAGUUGUUGUUAAUUAUUACGUUUUCCCUCUUUGUAAGCAAAUGUCUCAGAUAUUUUUCCUUCUGCUGAAUUCUAAUAAAAUGACUGUUGAAACUGG